AUGCAGCGGCUGGUAUUGGCGCUGGUGCAUCAUGUUCACGGUGUCUGGUUAGUGGGUGUAGUACCCCCACCCUCUUUGGCCGGUGAAUAUGGUCGCCGUGGAAGUGUUAGCCAGUCGGUGCUGCCGCCCGUGGCUACACAUGGAGAGUGCGUGUCACGAGUUCUUCCUCUUGAUUUCCGUGAAUGUCAGCACCCACUCUCGUCUGCCCUAGUGUUGACAAGCUGUCAGUUUUUCGUGUGUCAAUCCUUCCGGAUGGCUUUUUAUUUUAAAGUGCUGGGAUUGUUACCCAGGAAUUCGUCACUGGACGUAGUGGUUCUUCCGUCUUCUUUGGUCAGUCUCGGUGCCGACCUUUUACAUUUUUGGUGUUCGGCCUUUACUUAUUCAAACCCCAGGAAUUUGUCUGGGAUAACCCAAAUCACAGCAAUGAAGGUCUUUUAUACUCUGGUCUGCAUCGUGGCAAUCAUCUUUAAUUCGAUUGAUUUAAGCAUACACAAGAACACCUAUAUAGGAUCAACCGGUUUAAUCCUUCCGAGAACUGCGGCUCAUGAAGAAUACUGA